CAGAGGACUUUUCUUUACUGGUAAUUUUCCUCAUCAUAACAGUUUCUCCAAGAAACAGAAAUAAUUAUACGUUAAAUAAAAUGAUGGAUACUCCAGCACUAGGGUUUUGUUUUGUAACGUUGUUCAUGUUUCUGUUUCAUUAUGUUCCUUGUGCUCUAAGCAACCAAGCUUCCUUGUCAUGCGACUCUGUUUUUGAGUGUGGAAACCUCACCGCAACGUUCCCCUUCUGGGGAGAGAAUCGUGGUGAGCCUUGCGGCCAUCCAUUAUUGAAGCUUGGCUGCGACAGAGUUUCAAACAAAACCUCUAUAAAUAUCUCCAACAUCUUUUUCAAUGUCCUUCAAAUAGACAACACAUUCAAAACUCUUAAACUUGUAAGACAAGAUUAUUCAGUUUCCUUAUGCUCUUCUCUAUCAUUUACCAAAACAAUGUUUCCUCCUAAAAUCUUCCAGCUAUCCCCGAAUUACAAGAACCUCACCGUUUUCUCUAACUGUGACCCCCGCUUUCAUUACCUUGAGAAUUUCACUUGUUCAAAUGGAGGGACUGGUUCAGUGUAUCACGGUGAACAUUACUACCACUCUUGUCGAACAAUCUCCAAUGUUAUUGUUCCUGCAGGUUUCAUGCCUGAAAAAGAAGCCUGGAAUUUGGAAAAUGUAUUGAGACAAGGAUUCGAAGUGAAGCUGAAGAUCAAUGAGAGACCAUGCAAACAAUGUUUAAAAACCGGUGGGUUUUGCAGUUUCGACAAGUCUGCUAAUCAUUUUUGCUGCAAAGAAGACUUUUCUUUUUAUCCGACCAGGAUAAAGGAGUUCUCCGGUUCUGUACUUGGAAUCAAAUGCAUGAAAACAAGUUCUAGUGAUGAUGGUGAACUCCUAAAGUCUUCGACCGGAGCUGGUCCAACUAGCUUUAAUUUUCUCUUGACGGGUUCUAGAGCGUUAAUACUCAUUAUAAGCUUGACACUAUUGAUUCUAUCAAUGCUCAUAUACUUUCUGAACAAGAUAGAAGCAUUAGAACAUCCAAGAAUAGAGAAUUUUGAGGAACUUAUACCGCUAAAACGAUAUAACUACGCUGAGGUGAAGGAGAUCACAAACUCGUUCGCUCAAGAAAUCGGGAGAGGGGGAUAUGGAAUUGUAUAUGAAGGAAACCUUUGUGAGGGGCUCAAGGUUGCAGUAAAGGUCUUAAAAGAAUCAAAGAAAAACGGUGAAGAUUUCAUUAACGAAGUGGCGAGUAUGAGCAGAACAUCCUAUAUCCAUAUUGUUUCUCUGCUAGGCUUCUGCUACGAAGGGUCCAAAAGAGCAAUAAUAUAUGAAUUUGUAGAGAAUGGUUCACUCGAUAAGUUCAUAACGAGCCAGCCCUCAUUGCGCAUUGACCUGAGAAAGAUGUAUGAUAUUGCACUCGGAGUUGCAAGAGGCCUUCAGUACUUGCACUAUGCUUGCAAGACAAGGAUUGUUCAUUUCGACAUAAAACCACAGAACAUACUGUUGGGAAAAGAUCUCUGUCCCAAGAUUUCUGAUUUUGGACUUGCCAGGCUCUGUGGGAGUAAAGAAAGUAUCUUGUGGAUGUCAGAGGCAAGAGGGACCAUCGGGUACAUCGCACCCGAAGUGUUUUCAAGAAUCUACGGGAAAGUCUCUCACAAGUCAGACGUGUAUAGUUAUGGAAUGUUGGUACUUGAAAUGAUGGGAGCAAGAAACAGGAACUCUGUAUCAGACAACAACAGUAGUUCAAUGUAUUUCCCAGAUUGGAUCUAUAAAGGUCUUGAAAAGGGAGAUUGUAAAAGCUUUCUAGAAGAUCAGAUAACAGAAGACUACGAAGAUGAAGAGCUUGCAAAGAAGAUGAUUCUUGUGGGAUUGUCAUGUAUUCAAGUAUGCCCAUCAGAUCGCCCAUCGAUGAACAGAGUUGUGGAAAUGAUGGAGGGAAGCUUAAGUGGUCUUGAGGCUCCUCCUAAGUAUCUUUUGCAUUUAUCUGCAUCUCCUAUGCCUCCAUCUGUACCUGAAGAUAAAAAUCCAAUAUCCUCUGAAGAAAGUGCAUAAGUUUCAUCACAGAUUUAUGUCUUACUCCAGCUUCAAUGUGCCUAAAAAUAUAGAUAUGUGCACGUCUGUCUGUCAAACACUUCUACCAAAUAUCAAGUAGAUGUUUACCAAAAAAGAAAAAAUAUAUAUAUAAAGUAGAUGUAAAUUAUUAUUAGGUGUGUAAAACGACAUUAUGUAUAAUUUGAUUAUUAAAGCCAUUAAUGAUUUGAAAAUA